UUGUCAAACGACGGGAAUUAAAAACCGUCACGAAUAAAAAUUACGGCGAGAAGCGGUUAAGUGGAAAACAUCAAAGUUGCUUUUUAAAAUUGCAGUAGUUCCUAUUCUCAAAUAUUUUUCGAUUCUCCAUCUCCUACGCCGAUUUGAAAUAUUUUCCGCCCGCGGCUCAUCUGACUGUCACACAGCGACGAUAUCGUCAACAAAAAAAAUAGCGAAUAGUUUUUGAACGUAAUUUUUUCAAGAAUAUUUUUAACCGCGAUUAUUACACCGCGCCCAUGUUCCAUCUAACUGCGCGAAUCUACAAAAACCGUCGGUGCCGUUAGCCCAAAAUAAUGGAGUCCCCAGACAGUAACGUAGAACUGGAAUGGUCCGAGAACACGAACAGUUCGUGGGCGGCCAAAGACGCCGACAGUGUAGCGAAUCGUGACUCGGUCCAGUCGAUGUACGAAGCGUUGCUCCAAAACAACGAGGUGCGCCUCAUUCCUUCGACUACCCUCUCUUACGACGACGUACAAACGUUGCCUAGCUUCCAAUACGACCCGCCCGCCAGUAGCGAGCUGGAGGACUACCUGGACACUUUACUCAGCUCCCAACUGCAACUUGCCAAAGAGACGUGCACGUCAACCCAGUUCGCUGUGAUCCUGAAGGAGCGCAUGGUGAUUUUGAGGCGCAUCUAUCAUGCCCUCAAAGUCAAGUACCACGAAAAAGACCAGAACGAGGCUAAGUGUUCGAAAGUAACGUCCGGGCCAGCGGCAUCGUUGCCGUUGGCGCCCCGCGAGGUUCUAUCUGGGUCGCAGGCCUUGCUGGAAAUAGGAGUGAAAACAGGGCUCAGUCUGCUGUUUUCACUGCUCCAGCAAAACUGGCAGGUCAGCAACAUAUUGGGCAUCCCCUCCCUGUGUAAUUCCGUGCUGGAGACGACGAGCGACCUGCUCAAGCGCUUGCCGCAGCUGUGUUUGGCUAACGACGCGCAGCUGACCAAUCUGGGAGUGACUAGUUUGGAGCAGGUCGGCGAUUUCUUAAAAAACGCGGUCCUCCGCGAGAUGGCGGCAGAUUCCAAAGGUAAACUGCUCGCUUCGGAGAUCCUGCUGACCUUAGCGCUGCAGCGCGGUUCGUUGCGGUACCUACUCGAGUGGAUCGAUAUGGCGCUCGAGGCUUCCUGCAACAGCUCCAUGGAAAGCGAGCUCUUCAGCGAGGCCAUAGCGCAACUCGAGGACGGCAAACAUCGGCUCGACAGUGAGUUGUGGAAGAAGGAGCGCUCGGAGCCGAUCAUAAUGUAUACAGCCGCCAUGUACCUAAUGGAACUGCUGGCAUCGAUGGCCGUCGACUAUGGUGGCGCCCCCGAUCACGGCGCCCGCGACUCGGACCCGUCCGACUACGAGAGGGGAGACGUCUACGUGUGGGGCAGCAACUCGUCGCAUCAACUAGCCGAAGGCAACCACGAGAAGAUCCUGCUUCCCGUCAAAUCGAAAAUAUUCACUCAGGUGCAGCAGGUAGAGGCGGGGCAGUACUGCACCUUCGCGAUCCACCGCGACGGCUUGGUGAGUGCCUGCGGCAAGGGCAGCUAUGGCCGUCUGGGCCUAGGGGAAUCGUCAAACCAGAUACUGCCCAAGCGGAUCCUGCUCGACAGCGUCGUAGAGAAACUGUCUAGCUCCAAAGGUAGCGACGGCCACACUCUCGCGUUGACCGAAGACGGUCACGUAUACAGUUGGGGCGACGGAGACUACGGUAAACUCGGUCACGGGAACUGCGCCACCCACAAACAACCGGAAAGGAUCGGGGGUCCUUUCGCUAACAAAGUCGUUAAGUAUAUAAACGCGGGUUACCGGCACAGCGCCGCCAUAACUGAUGACGGACGCCUGUACACCUGGGGCGAAGGCGAACACGGACGUCUCGGCCACGGCGACAACGGCGGCAGGCAGGUUCCCACCCUCGUGGCCGACCUCUUCGAGGUGGGACUGGUCGCUUGCGGUAGUUCCCAUACACUGGCGGUUUCGCGCGACGGCAAAACCGUUUGGUCUUUCGGUUCGGGCGAGAACGGCAAACUGGGUCACGGGGAAAUCGCCAAGGUGUGUCGUCCGAAGGUCAUCGAGGCGCUCCAAGGACUCGUCGUGCAAAAAGUUUGCGCCGCGACGUCGUUUUCCAUCGCGCUCACUACCCUCGGUCAGGUGUACACGUGGGGUAGCGGUCCGAUACUGGGCGUGGGUUCCGCGGAUGCCAUUUCACUGCAGCCGCUGCUCGUCGAAGACCUUGCCGCGUAUCGCGUAGUCGACAUAUCCGUCGGUGAGAAUCACUGUCUCGCGUUGACAGACGAGCACGUGGUGUACGCGUGGGGCACCAACAGUAUGGGCCAAUGCGGGCAGGGUCACACCUCCAGCCCGGUGACGAGACCGUCGAAGGUGGUCGGUCUCGAGGGCGUGCCCAUCCGACAGAUUAGCGCGGGCACGUCACACUCAAUCGCGUGGACCUCGGUACCCGCCAAAAGCCAGCAAGUCACCAAGCAUCGCCCGUUCUGCGUAGACUUGCACGAGAACACCUUCAAGUACCUCAGGGGAUUUCUGGACAAGUACACGCGCACCUUCACGUCCGCCGAACCUCCGUCACCUUUCAAGUCGACUGACGACCAGCAAAAGUUUGUGCUGCUCGCGCUCCGUCUGCUCGGUACUCACCUGAACCUCUGCAUCAGCGGCAACCUCAACUCGCUCGCCCUCGAAAAACACGCCAAAGAGCUGCGCACGGUGCUGUUUAGGCUGGUGGACAUUGGUGCGCCGGAGGAGAUCCACGCGACUGCGAGGGAAGUACUUAACGUGGGGGCGCCGCUCCUGCUGCCGUUGCUCGGAGAGCGCGUCGAAUUUCUCCACGCCCACUUAGCGAGCGGUGACAAACUCUCGCAGGGUCAGCAGAUGCUGCUUGGCAUCAUACUGAGCAGUCUCGAGGACCCGGUGCACGUCGCCACGUUGCUAGGUUACAACCGGGGCGUCGACAAGUCGGAAGACACCGCCCCGAACGGCGCGACGACCGCCUUACUUAUGCGCACCUUGUUGCGCUCGUUCACGGAAAACACGGAGGACGUGCUGGAGAGUCUGUCCCGUUACAUGGCAAUCACCACGUCGUACAAGUGGCAGAGUCCGGGGAACGCCAAAGUGCACCACCUGCAGCGGCUGUUGUCGUCGUUGCAGAACCACGCUCUCGCUCACCAAGUCGCCUCUGACGACGCGGCCGCUCUCGUCGACGGCGAUUUCCUCGUUGACCAUCUGCGCGACCUGUUCGAUCACGUAGUGCGGGUACUGCGCAAAGCCGCCGCUGUCCUGGUAAUCUACCCUAGCUGCCUGGAGCUGCUAUACAAUGUGUUGCUCGAUUCGGUAACGGGCGGCAUGCUGUUCAAAAUCCUCAACUCGCUGCUGCUGAUGCCCGUCGGCCGCGUGAAAAUUCUCUACCCGCCUCUGCUCGAAGUUCUGGACGCGAUGGACGCUUUCAACCAGUUGCUGCCGCCGGAAUUGCUCCCGGAAACGGAUCGUGAUUCUUCGAGGUCGGAAACGCCCACCCUCGCGCAGCUCGCGGAACAGUCGUGGAUCUGGAUCGUCGACCUGCAGAAGACGUGCUCGCUGCUCAUAGGCCAUUGCCUUGGCGGCAUGCUAAUAGGUCCGCCGCCCACCAAAGAGGAACGGCAGUGUCGUCGCUGGCUAACGGACCGCAUGUUAUCCUCCGGCUUGGAAAACGAAGACGUGAAUCCGCACGCGUUAACGGAGCUGUCCUACAUGCCCGACGGCGCGGAUACCAUCAUCGAGCGUUUGCCGUCUUCGUUGAGGCCCACCGUGGAGCUCGCGUACGGUUUCAAGGACCCGGACGCUUCCCUCGACGAGGACGUCUUUGAGAAACUGACACGAAACGCCGAACUGGAACAGUGGGAGUUGGACCGGCGCGAGGCGACGCUCUUCGACCGCAUCACCAGGUGCUUUUUCUACGCCGUCUCGAAGGUGACGGGUUUGCUCGACUCCAAACCUCACCCGGACGCGUCCGCGGAAGUCUUCAAGUUCGCCGUCGCGCUGCGCCAACGCCUCAUCGGCAUGCUAUGCGACUCCAAGUUCAAAGAGGAAGACGCGAUCGCGGAAGAGGAAAAGGAGGCGAACCGAUCUGGUCUCAUCGUCAACGAGAAAGGUCACUCGAUCGACGGCAAGGUGGAUUUUGAGGUCGACUGCCGCGGCGUCAUGCAGCGUUGUCUGUUUCUUUUGAUUUACGUCAGAGGUAGCAAAAUCGAAAUAGUCGUCGCGGGAACCGACCCGGCCGACGAGGAAGCGGCGGAAAAAGCGUAUGUGGAAUUCUACAAGGAGAAGGACGACCCGGCGUACGGUGAGCUGCGCCGCAUCGCGUCACACUGUCUCGACUACGUACUAGGCGAUGCGUGCCGGAACGCUCCCUCAGAUGAUCCCGCGGUCCUGCUCGAGGCGCUCGCGAGCCAAAAGAGACGAGCGCGUAGCCGUCUCGAAGGGCUCGACCGUCUGCUCUUUCACUUGGUCGCCAGACCGCCCACCGCCACUACGUUGAACUGCGUUCAGCAGCAGCUUCUCGAGGGCUGUUUCGGCUUCUGCAACGUGUCGUGCGCCGACACCUGCACCCCCUUCCACCACUAUAUGGAGGGUAUAGAGAGCUCCCCGAGGGACACGCAGGAAAAGAUCCGGACCGUCGUGCAGGGCGUCUACGAGUUCCUGACCUCGUCGCUGAAAAAACAAGUCGCCACCGGUUCAGAUAACAGGCACCUGCUCUUGGUGACGGCGUUCUCGCUUAGUACCAGAUACCGUUCGAGCGACCUCGGUCUGGUGAUCAACAACGAGCUCGUGCAGAACCUCGCGCAGCUGGCUAGCGCCGCCCCGUCGCCGUACUAUCCCCCCUACACCAAGUCGGAGGUUCUUAGCGUCGCCGCGCUCCGUUUGAUCCACAUUCUGGCGGUGUCUUGCUGCAUCAACUCCGCCGGCUUGGACGUAGGCGCGCUCGAGGUCGUCGUCCACGUGCUGCACGAGCGUUUCGUCAAGGCGACGGAGACGUUUGCCGAGUGGUGUCGCGGUUACGACGCGGACGCCGGCGACAAGCAGCUCGGCGAUUUUCUGCUGUUUCUGCGCGUGGUAGCGUCGAGCCGCAGCAUCCAACGCCUGCUGGCCACCAAGCGCUGGAUCUACGGCCUGCUCGCCGUCCUCGACACGUCCGGCCACGCCCUCUCGUACGGUUGUCAAACCAAAGCGCUCCGACCGAAGCUGCUCGUCCUCCAGAUCCUGACCGCGGUCCUGCCCGACCUUAAAGCGGUCCACAUCGACGACGACCUGCGUCGCAACGUCGUCGACGGCCUACUCGAGCUUCUGGGUAAAGACGUGUGGGGCAGCGACGUCGGGAAUCGCCCCGCGUCUCCGGAACCCUCAACCGAGGACCUCGUCGUGCCGCUUGCCGCGAAGGAUUUCAAGGACGGCGAGGGAAACGUGCCCGUCCACGAUAUGGGCUUCGACCCGGACAAGUGCAGCAACUGUUCGAUAGAGGGCGGCCUGACGCUCGUCCACGGCACCGGCGGGCGGGGCUACGGCCUAGGAUUACAGGCUAUUAAAUCCGGCUGCUACCAAUGGAAAAUCCUGAUCGUGAAGGAAAACCGCGGCAACGAGGGUACCUGCAUCGGCGUGUCCAAGUAUCCGGUGAAGGAUUUCAGUCACCGUACCACCGGCGACAUGUGGCUGUAUCGCGCGUACAGCGGCACCCUCUACCACAACGGCGAAAGGGACACUUGCUUCGCCAGCUACACCCAAGGCGAUUUCAUCACGGUGGUAUUGGACAUGGACGCGAAGACGUUGAGUUUCGGCAAGAACGGCGACGAGCCGAGGGUGGCGUUCGAUAACGUCGACGCCGCCGAACUCUACCCGUGCGUGAUGUUCUAUAGUACGAAUCCCGGCGAGAAGGUCAAGGUGACCGACAUGAAGGUGCACGGCACGCAGCGCGAUGUCCUCCCCGGCGAGCCCGACCUCGCCCCCCUGCACGCGGUCCUAGGCGAGGCCUACGUGGGCGUAUUGCGCAGACUGCACCGUUCCGAUACGUGGACAGCCGACGUAAACUGCGCUAUCGGCCAUCGCCUCGAGAGAAUUGCGGGCCUAUUCCCUAGCGCCGAGACGCACAAUCUCGAUCAUUCCGACAUCAACUUGGACGAGCUGAAAACUGACGUCGAGAUGAACGUGGACGAGUUAUGCGCGCGCGUGUGGCCCGCCCUCGCGGUUUUGGGCGGGUUCGAUCGAGGCCUGAGGAUGGGCGGCCGGUGUCGUCACAAAACCACGGAAAAAACGGCCGUAGUGUUGGGCGUGCUAAAGAAGGGCAUAGCGACGGUCAACGUGCAGUGGGAGCACGACGGGGGCGUGUCCGACGUCGCGAUCGGCAAUCUAGAGUUCAUCGAGGCGGAGCCGUUCGAUACCGGCAAGUUCGCGGGUCUCACUUCCGACGUACUGCUCCAGGUGGCGCGUCUGGCCGGUGUCACCGGCGAAAUAUGCUUUCCCGUGUGCGAACUGAGCGAGGACGAUGAAAUACUGCUCGAUCCGCCCCCAGAGCCGGAAAGACCCGCGGCUCCGCGCACCGUGGAGAGUCUCACCGACGAGAUGGUGUCGAGCAUAAUAGGCGAGGUGAAGAGGAUCGGGACGGAGACUAUAACCGGUGGGGCCGCGGUGCGCGACGACGCCCCGCCCAGAUCGAACCCGGAGGAGCGGCUGCUGCGCAGAAAGCUCCUCGACGCCGAAGAAGAAUUUCUCAAGCUCGGCUUCCUACAGUUUGCCGCGAUGAAAACUCUAGGAACGUUUCUCGCUUCCGCUUCGGUCGCCGACAUGUUCGACAAGGGGCGUCGCGAAAGUUCCGAUCGCUUCGGCGAAGUGAUGCGGGCCGUCGUCGCCAAAAGCGUGGAACAGUGCAAGCUGAAGAAUAUAGUGAGCGUCGCGGACAUGGAACGCGCGGAAACCGUGCUCCAUAUGAACUACACGAAGAGCAGGAACGACGAGGACACCGGUCCGAAAGAUAUAGCUCGGGAAUCUUCGUCGUCGUCGUCGAUCGAUCCCGGUUGCAGCUGCACGCACCGUGGCUCGUCGCCAAACGCGCAGAGGGCGGUACCGUCGUUCCCGAGAACGAUAUCGUUGGGUUCGAGCCCGACCGGCUCCGCCCCUAACGAGAACGCGUGGCGCAGAGCGUCCGCGCAACCGCCGCCUCCGAUCGCCCUGCCUCUGCUCGACAUGGGUUUCCGUCUCGAGCACAUUUUAAAAGCGCUGCAGGAAACCAAGACCUCAGAUGUAAACGCGCGCAACGUCAAUAUGCUUGCGACGUGGAUGUGCGAGCACCCGUACCCCGAAUCGGCGUCGGACGGGGCACACUCGAGCGGCUCCCCCGUCAGGUUUAACGACCUGGUACGCCGAAACUUUAUCAUGGAAAGGGCGCCUCAGGAUUCGAUAAGAAACCCGAACGCGGACUGCGUCCACCGACGCGGCAUGGGACCGCGUAGACGCGCCUGCCCCGAGCUGAGAAUCCUGGUGGAGAGGGCGGGGGCGGCGCUGCAAGACCGGGUCCGCGAUCGGUUACGGGAGCGCCAACACGUUCGAGGGGAGGCUCAUCCCCUCCUACACGGCACCGCAGCGGACGACGCUCCCACGCAACGAUAUUUCCCCAACCCGUGGAGCUACGCGGACGUGUCCACUGGUUGCGGCACGUGUCCCUAUUGCGAGCAAUUCUCGUCUCAUUUGGAAAGUCACCUACGGUCGGCGCAUCCUGGAUGCGGCGUCACGUGGGGCACCGGCACCUGCGGCACCGUCACCGACUGGUUCUACGUCACGUGUCGUCAGUGCCACAUCAAAUAUUCGAACCGUGGCGCGGCGAUGCUGCGCACUCUCGCGCCCGAUCUCGUGCUCGACGACGACGACGCGACAGAGACGGACGCGCAGACCUUGAAGUGCCCAUUGCCGGAGUGCGAGGAACUCGAAGAAAUCAAGGCGCUCCUAGGUGUGUCCGACAAAGAGUCCGGCGCGCAGGUGGUCCCGUUCCACGGCGCGGACCCUCUAGGCGCCGGCGCCGUCCCGAAGGUGAGAAGGGAAGCGACGCGCGCCGAACGAAUCCGCUCCCGGGGCGGUGUGGGCAACCAAGCCCUUUCGCUCACGACGUCGUCGUCGCGGAUGCUCGCUCUCCGCGAUCUCACCGCGUCGAUGAGGAUCCUACUCGCCCGCCAGAUCGUCCUCAACGUCCUCGCUUCCCUCUCCGCCGGGUCGGACCACGCCUCCCUAAUCGGCUACCUCGAAUUGAUGGGCCUCUCCGAUGUCGGCAUCCUUGUCCGCCUAAUGACGUUGACGGCCACCGGCCGCGUCGAAGUCGGCAAGUUGAGGGGCGACGUCCCGGUCCGACGUCGUCUGCCUAAAGAUUUCGGCGAGCAGCUGUCCGCGCAGCUUUCUGGCCCGGCGGCCGCGUGUCUCAAGUACCUGAGCGUCGGCAUCGCGACGCUCGCGCAGAGCGACCCGCGCGUCUCAAAUCUCGUAGUCGACAUCUGCACCAAGGACCUGAAGGCCGUAGCGUUGGGCGUGGCGGCGCCCAAAUCGGGCUUCGCCGUCACGCAAGCCCUCGUCAAUAUACUGUCGACGCGCGGAGGCUGUUCUCUAACCGACCCGCCCAAGGAGGAGACCUCCGGCGAGGGGAGGGAUCUCGCGCUCGCCGACGCACUCUCCGCCUACGUACUAUCGAGCGUCGUGCUGAAAACGGGCAAGGAAUGGGCCGCGCAGCGUCUAUUCAAGUGCAUAGCGAGCAGGGCUGAGAUGAUGGCCGCCGACGAACCGCACCGCGCCAACUUGGCGGACUUGUCGGGCACGAUGCCCACGCAGACGGUACUCUCGAUCGAAGGGCACGACAACCGCGUGGCGACGCUGGCGUGGUGCGAAAGCAACGGCACCCUGGCGUCCGCCGGCUACGACGGUACCGUCCGUCUGUGGACCGUGGAACCCGGCAAGCAAGCCAUUUUCGAUUCGACCUUGGUGCUGCACGCGUCCGCGGACACCUUCGGCAACGACCUGCAGGGCAAACUCGUCGGCCACCUGAAGUGGUCGCCCGGCGGCGAUUACAUCGCGGCAGCGUUGGACAGCGUAGUCAACGUGUGGCCGACGAAACGGUCGGAACGGAGCUGGUUCAUCGAGCAGAUGGGUGAGUUCGUGACGGACAUUUGCUGGCCGCGACAGGGAAGCGAAGAUCACCUGCUAAUCGGCAAGAUAGACGGCACCGUCAGCCUGCUGACCGUCCUGAAAGACGGCGACAAGCGGCUCGAGACGUUGGCGCACCUGGCCCGGCCUCACGCCGUCGUGCGCAUCGAUUGGCGACACGAAGACGAGCCCUUCGCGGUCGGCUACCUCGACGGGUACGUCAAGGUCGGUCGGCUCGGCGAGGACGCGGAAACGGCCGACGCGCACGUCAACGCCGUCUCGGGCAUGGAAUGGGACCCGAGAGGCAUUCUGCUGGCCACCAUCUCCACCGACGUGACGUGCAAGUUGUGGUACGGCGGCUCCGUGCUCGUUCACGCGAUCCCGCUGGCCCACGAGCCGGCCAGCGUCGCGUGGUCACCGCUCGUCACGCCCGGCGGACUUCUGCUGGCCGUCGGGACCGCCUACGGCACGGUCCACGUGUGGAAGGUGAUGCACCGCGACUCCGACUUCGACCCCGUGACCGCCGAUUUGAUGUUCUCCGCGCGCGGCCAUUCCUAUUACGCCGUCUCGGCGCUAUCGGUCAGCUCCGACGGCCUCCUGCUGGCCAGCGGGUGUCUCAAAGGACCUGGCGGCGUAGUCAACAUAUGGUCCUUGCAUAGCGGCGCGCUGAUGUACACGAUGACGGGGACAGGGGGCGUGGCCCGCGACGGUCUCAAGUGGAUCGACUCGAACGGUUCGCUGGCGAUCGCGUUCUCGCGCGCCAAGGCGAUCAACUUCCUCACUUACGGCGUCGACGAUCUCAAACGCAACCUCCCGUUGGCUACGGCGCGAUGCGCGAUGACCAAGAGGGGCGUCGGCGGCGUGAAAACGGCUCCGUUUUUCAAGACGCUCGUCGCGUUGUUGCCGCGCAUGCUCGCGCAACAGUACCAUGCCGAAAAAUUAAGCGUGUCGACCGGCUCGCAGCUGAUGCAUUCCGUCUACUUGAAAAGCCUCGCUUCGCUGGCCAUCGUCCUCGAACUGGACAAGGUCGCUUGUCUCGACGUGAAACCUUUUAACGAUGUGUACGACGGCACAGUCCGCGAGUGUCACUGGUUGCGCAUGUUCGGCGUGGCCGCACGAAUGGCGGACGGCCUUGUGAAAAGGUCCAGGGCGGCGACGGAGGAGGAGUUGUCGCGAAACGCCCUCUGGACUAUGAAACAGGACGAGCAGAUCGUGCAGUGGGCGGCGCAGAGGCCGCAGGACUGGGAGAUAGGCGGCAAAUGCAAGGCUUACUUGUGGGGCUCCGACCGGCACGGGCAGCUCGCGGAGCUGGGAUACAGCGCGUCGGCGCCCGCGUUCGUCGAUUCGUUUUCUGUAGCGCGCAAGAUCGUCUGCGGCCAGAAUUGCACGUUCGUCAUACUGACCAACGGCACGGUGAUGGCCUGCGGCGAAGGUAGUUACGGCCGGCUAGGGCAAGGCAACUCCGACGACCUGCAUACCCUGAGCGUCAUAUCGAGCCUGCAGGGGUUUGUCAUCACCGACCUUGCGACUUCGGUGGGCUCGGACGGCCACAGUCUCGCACUGGCCGAGAGCGGCGAGGUGUUUUCUUGGGGCGACGGCGACUACGGCAAGCUGGGCCACGGCAACAGCGACCGGCAGCGCAGGCCCAGGCAGAUCGAGGCGCUCCAGAACGAGGAGGUUAUCCAGGUGGCUUGCGGGUUUAAGCACAGCGCCGUCGUCACCAGCGACGGCAAACUGUUCACGUUCGGUAACGGAGACUACGGACGUCUCGGGUUGGGUUCUACGUCGAACAAAAAACUGCCCGAGAGAGUGACCGCGUUGGACGCCUUCAAGAUCGGUCAGGUCGCCUGUGGCCUGAACCAUACCGCGUGCGUAUCGGUGGACGGCCUGGACGUGUGGACGUUCGGUGAGGGCGACCACGGCAAACUCGGCAUCGGUCACACCACCACCAAGUCCACGCCCCAACGGGUCGAGACCGUGUGCGGCGUGGGCGUGAAAAAAGUCGGCUGCGGCACCAAUCUGACCGUCUUCCUGACGCGCCACGGCAAACUGUACGUGUGCGGCAUCGAUAGGAUGCCGUGGCACGCCCUGACCCACGACCGAGCUUCUUACCUGCCACACCCGCUCGACGCCCUCGCCGAUUAUUUCGUGGAAGACUUCGCCGUCGGCACCGAGCAUGUACUAAUACUGACGCGCUGUGGCAAGGUGUUAGGGUGGGGCAUGAACACCGAAGGUCAGUGCGGAUUGGCCCACGUGUCGCUCGUCCGGGAACCGGAAGUGAUCGCCGAACUGACGGACAAAGGCGUCAGGCAGAUAUCGACGGGACGAACGCACAGCGCCGCGUGGACCGCCGCGCCCCUCCCUAGACGAGUUCCGGGCGUCACUCAGAGUCUCACGUUCGGGCUCCCCGCCGAGAUCCCGUCGCAGUACAACCACCUGCAGAAUCUCUCGAUCAAGGCGAUACAGGCUAGGUUAAAGUUCUUGUACGACUUCUCCGACAAGCUGUACUCGUGCUGGAGCCUGGUGCCCCUGGGCGUCGCGCAGCAGACCGAGUUCGAUAUCGCCCCUCUCGCUGGUCUGGUCUCCGCAAAGCUCCGCCCCCUGCUCGCGCCUCGCGUCUACACGUUGCCUUUCGUGCGGUGCAUCGGCAAAACAAUGGUGCAGGGCAAAAACUACGGGCCGCCGAUCGUGGUCCGGCGCAUCUCGCAGGAGGGACGCAGGUGCAAGCCGAUCUUCGUACAGGUCGCGCGGCAGGUGGUCGAAAUGAACCCGCAGGAGUUGCGAUUGCCGUCGCGCGCCUGGAAGGUCAAGCUGGUGGGCGAGGGGGCGGACGACGCGGGCGGCGUCUUCGACGACACCAUCACCGAAAUGUGUCAGGAGAUCACCUCGCACGCGGUGCCGCUGUUGGUGCCGACGCCGAACGCCCUCAACGAGGACGGCUUCAACCGCGACAAGUACCUGUUCAAUCCGCACCUGACCUCCGCGCAGCACCUCUCCUGGUUCAAGUUUGUCGGUAUCCUGUUCGGCGUGGCGGUGCGAACGAAGAAACCCCUGCCGAUACCGUUGGCGCCGAUCGUAUGGAAGCUGAUCGUCGGCGAACCGGUGACCGUCGACGACCUCGAAGACACCGAUUCGAUGUACGUGCAGACGCUGCGCAGCAUUCGCGACAUCGAUCGCGCGGGCGUGACCGCCGCCCAUUUCCACGACGUGAUACCGUUGCAAACGUUCGAGGGCCAGAGUUGUACCGGCAAGAUCGUGCCGGUGACCCACGGCGGACGCGGCAUCGCGCUCACCUACGACAACAGGACCCAGUACUACGAGCAGGUGAUCAAGUUCAGGUUGCGCGAGUUCGAUCUCCAAGUGGCGGCAGUCAGAGAAGGCAUGUCGGGCAUCAUCCCGGUUCCGUUGCUGUCGCUGAUGACGGCCGAGCAUAUGGAGCAGCUCGUGUGCGGCAUGACACGCAUCUCGAUCGCCGUACUCAAGCGGAUCGUCCGGUACAGGGAGCUGGACGAAAAUCAUCAGCUCGUGAAAUGGCUGUGGGACAUUUUGGAGAAUUUCAGCGACUACGAGCGGGUGCUAUUUAUGAGAUUCGUGUCGGGGAGGUCCAGGCUGCCCGCUAACCUCGCCGACCUGUCGCAGAGGUUUCAGGUAAUGAAAGUGGAUAAGGCGCCGGACGGCCUGCCAACCGCCCAGACCUGCUUCUUCCAGCUGCGUUUGCCACCUUAUACUAGCCAAGACGUGAUGGCAGAGAAACUACGAUACUCUAUAAACAAUUGUCGAUCGAUAGACAUGGAUAACUACAUGCUGGCGAGGAACGCCGACCACGGGAACGCCCUCGACGACGAGUGGGCCUAUGAUGAGGAAUGGGGUUAUGAUAGCUGA